GGGGUGGGGAGUGCUGAGGCUAGGCCGACGGGAGGGGAUAAAAGCCUCUAUCUGUGGCUCUCGGAUCCAUCGAUCUUGUCCCCUGUCUAGCUUUCAUCCACUCUAGCCCCAGUCUCUAUCGAGUGAACUAUGGCUGGGUUCCUGCGCUCCCCGCUGCUCCUGCUGGCCGCCUUGGUCCUGGCUCUAACAGUGAGUUCUGCAGCCGGGGCGAGCCCCAGCAGGCCUGUGGCAACUGGAGGACUGGCAGAGGCAGACAUCAAUGAGGAGGGCGUGCAGCAGGCGCUCAACUUCGCCCUGAACGAGUACAACAAAGCAAGCAACGACGCCUUCCACAGCCGCGCCUUGCGGGUGGUGCGUGCUCGCAAGCAGGUCGUGGCUGGGCUGAACUAUUUCUUGGAUGUAGAAAUCGGUCGAACCACAUGUACCAAGUCCCAGCCCAACUUGGCCAGCUGUCCCUUCCAUACCCAGCCACACCUGAAGAAGAAAGCACUCUGCUCUUUCCAGAUAUACACUGUUCCUUGGUUGGGCAAGACCUCCAUGGUGAAGUCCAGCUGCCAGGACACAUAGAGGAUGUGACAGGCUGGGCCACACUGACUGCCUCUCACUUGCACUCCUCCACCCUGGUGGAGUCCCCUCAGUGUGCAAAUAGAGGCUUCUUGAUCAUUGUUUGAAUAGCUAAAUGGCUCUAACUUGUUUCUCUUAAUUGCUUUCUAGAUGACCUGUCCCUGGUGCACAUGUCCUGCCCCUAUUUUAUGAAAUAAAAAAUAACAUCACCUGC